AUGAAACGCAGAGGUCUGAAUGGCCCUGUACGCAAAAGAUUGCGAGUCACUACAGGCUGUAAAACCUGUCGUGGCCGCCGCGUGAAGUGCGACGAAUCAAGACCGAUCUGUAACAAUUGCGCGAGGAAGAACCGACUAUGCAAGUAUGAUGAUGCUGCUCCCAGCAGCGUUGGGAACAGGACUUCCAAUCCAGCGCCACUGCGUCGUUCGAGACGCGCUUACCCGCAGGAUGACGACGGUCAAGAUGCCAGGGACUCAUCCGUGAGUGGCCAGCAAGAUACCAGCUACCACUCCUUCGGAGCUGCGUCCCUGCAAACCCACCGACCACGAGGUAUCGAGCGGGAAAGGAGCGGGGUUUCGCUGGAAUCCCAGAGAGAUGAAUCGAAUGGGAUAGAUGCGAGCGGUGUUCGUGGUCUGGAAAUACCAUCAUCUGUAUAUGACUCACCCUCACCGAAUCUGGCUGCCAUCUUCCUGCACGUCGAGAAGCCUAUGUCAUUUGCUCCGUCGGUCCAGUCGCAACCGGUUCCCGUGAUAAGCUUGGGUCCCACCAGCAGAAUAGGUGAUAGUAGAGAGGAUCGCUCAAUAGCACUCAUAGUACAGGAGCAGAUUGAGUUGAGUGCGGCAGAAGUAACUAUUUUCCGUAAUUACGUUGAACGAGUAUCCAGAUGGAUCGAUUCAUUCUCGCGCGACCAGCCGUUUUAUGGAAAAGUGCCGAUCAUGGCGCUUCGGUGUCCUGUACUCAUGAAUUCAUGUCUUGCACUGUCAAUGAAACAUUCAACUUUGAAGGCAUCGGGAGAAGAGCAACGUACUAGCGAGAAUGUUGCCAUUCAUUAUCACCAGAAAGCUAUCAAGGUGCUGAGUACGUUACUGAUGGAUACCGAAUGUGCCUCGAGAGAUGAGAUUUUGGCCUCAAGCAUCAUCCUUUCGACAUAUGAAAUGUUCGAUGUCGUGGGCGAGAACUUCGGAUCUCAUUUAGGAGGUGUCGCGUUUUUCUUGCAGUCUCGUCGGGUUUACGGCGAUCAAUGCGGACUUCAGGGAGCUGUGUACUGGACAUGGUACAGACACGAAAUUUGGGCGGCCCUUCAAACCGGCCGACAGAUGCUUCUGGACGAAGCAUAUUGGCAGCCCCCGCCUCUUGAGACUUUCGAAGGUGUCUGCAUUGAGGACAUAGCAAAUCGCGUGAUUUUUAUAUUUGGACAAUGCGUAUCCUUCUGCAAUUCAGGCGAUACUCCGGGCGAGAUUAGUGCCGACGAGAAGACUGAAGCUCGGCAACGUAGAGUCACCAGUUUGGAUGCUGCCCUGGAGGAUUGGGAACUAAAGCUUCCGUCUUCCAUGUCACACUUCUUUGCGGAACCAACAGCAUCUCAAGAUCAGAAUGUACCUCAUCAAUUUCCUUCUUUGUGGUUCAUGUAUCCACAGAGCGCCAUUGCCUAUCAGGUCUACCACGCCUCGAAGAUCUUGCUGAAUUUGCAUCGGCCACCAGUUCCAGUCGAGAGUCGAGGCUUGGGCCACACGCAGUCGCUCUGGAUCCGCCGUCAAAUCGAGCGAUCUCGCGAGCAGAUAUUCCUGGUUUCAAAUGCGGGCGUUCCCGACACCUGGAGCCUGGUCUCCACACAGUGCCUGUACAUUGCGGGACUCGUAACCGAGGGGUUGCUGGAAAGACAACGUACGCUGGAACUCAUUGAAGAAUGUCAAGAAAGCUCCGGUCGACGGACCAUGUGUCUUGCUGACGAGCUUCGAAGACUGUGGGCUCAAUGA